AUGGAGUCCGCCGGCAAAGGCUUCAGCAUGCUCUAUCGCGACAUGACGGCACCGCCUACCUCAUACCAGUGGGAGUGCAUGCAGGACUUGUCGUUGCAUUAUAGCGUGGCCUACGCAUCUCUGACAGAGCCGUACACGGUGAACGUCUUGGCCUCCAUGAUCACGGUGACGCGAGCUGCUUCUACCAGUGGUGUGUCCUACAGCCUUAUCGGCAUUGCCUGCACCUACGACGGAAGCUGCGGUGAUUUGAAGCGUGGAAGCUCGCUUACCUUUUCACUGCGAGAGGACCUGAUUAUCAUUGUGACCGGCUCAGUCUUUAGUAACAGCAUCACGAACUUCUUGCCGGUGUCCUAUUACGUCGUCCAGCGCGCGAGCUCGUGCUCCAGCGCCAACGUCGCCAAUGUAACGAGGCCCUUCAGUGUCGGCGCCUCAUCCGUGUGGAUGCAGCUCUGGCAGUGA